AAUUAAAGUAUUGUAUAUACAAAUUUAAGUCAAGUUUUUGGAUAUUUCAUUUCUUCAUCAAUAUUUUGACAAGAUUUAUAGCGUGAGCAACCAUAGCUCCACAAGUCAAGCGCCAGUUUGUGAAAAAAGUUCAGAGCAAAUCAAAUAACUAUACGCGAACAAUGUCUGACGAUACUUGCUCGAGUAAUGAUGAGGAGAGUCUGACAAGCAUGACCUAUGAAGUGGAUGCAACGCUCCGAAGACUAUUAAGAGCUGAGCUUGAUGAAAGGGAAGAGGAGCGUGAAGACGAUGUUUCCGACUUUCGUGACUCGAACACAUCAUCCUGGAUUGACGUGGAGGAGAACGAUUCGGAAGAAUCCGUUGAGACCGAGCCUAUGACCACACAAGCAAACGACUCGGGUUUGGAUCUACGACCAGUGCAGGCCUCCAUCGAUCUGAGAAUUCGUCUACCCGCCAACUGGCGUGAGUAUUAUUCGCGUUUACGGACUUAUCGACAGAGAUUACAAUCGCGUCAUGGCAGAACGUCGAGAGCAAUGGACGCUGGUCGUCUGCGCGGUGGACAGCCUGAUAGAGGACAUCCCGUUCCUGCACUGAUUGAUCCUCAAUAUGGGUUAAUUUAUAUCGCCAGCGAAUCGGAAUCCGAAGAAGAAGAGAUACUGAGAACGUGGCCAAUGGUGCCACGUCGUGGCAACAGCGUCAGCGAUCUCAGUGAAUGUAGCAGCGAUGAUGAGCAGCAAAAAAAUGCAGAGCAAAGCAUUUAGUGAGAACUCGUCAAAAAUAUUGAUGUCAAGUGUAACUACUUCCAAAGAUAUAGUGAUAAAAUAGGCACGAAUAAAUAUUAGCAUAAAUAGAAUGGUGA